AUGGAUUACUACAAGGUUGAGUCGUUCCACGUCAAUGUCGGGAGUGGCGAUGGUGCCAUCCACUUGUUGACGUCCAACCGACCCAACCCCCACGACAAUCCAAACAACCUGCGGACAAUUGAGCGCGCGUUUCUGAUCGAUGGAGGCAGGGACAAAGCUGCAGACACAAUCGACUUUGUUGUGCAAUAUAUUGAGAAAUAUUAUUUCUGCCCACAUCUCGAUCCCAUCACUAAAGACAGGCAUCUGGUAUUUGACGCUAUUGUCAUCACCCACUGGGAUGGCGACCAUUGGGAAGGUGUUGCCAGGUACAUCUUCAAUGAAAUUUUAGAAGUCGCCCACUAUAAUUCGAUCACCAACGUGGAGCAAGUGUACUGUCGUCGGGCUCGGUAUGACGCGGCAGACCCCAACACAAGCUUCCACGGCGCACCACAAACAUUCAUCUACAUGCCUCAAUUACCAUGGCCCAUUACUGGUCUCCUUCAGGGCGCCAAUGAUGCGAACGGCAAUCCGAUGAUGAACGUCAAACUUGCGGAAAAGGGGAAGCAAGGGCAACCAGGCAAGGAAUUUCUCUUCACCCGGCAGUUCAAGCUGCGGUACGGCUUCGACUGGCUUCUUGGCAGAAACUUGCUGCUCCACGAUGGUGACGACUACAAGCGCAGCCAAAGAGGCAAUAUCGAUAAUUUCUCUACUUUUGAGACGAUGCUCAACAACUACCCAAUCAAGACCCCAAUCGCAGACUGCCAAUAUCAAUCCUGGCCAGCCAUGUAUUGCGUCGCAGCUCAGCAACGCAUCCCAAGUUCGAAUGCUGAGAUCACGACCACGCCCACGAAUAAAUCAAGCCUGGCCUUCAUCAUCGUCUGGAGCGAGCCUGCGUUUAUGGGUCAGGGUCGAAAGCACAGAGUCUCGCACUACUUUGCCGGCGACGCUCACUCUGCGCUUGAAACAGCACUGGCACAAUGGAUGGGACCCUAUCAACCCCAGUCCAUGAAGUUGAGCCACCACGGUUCUUCUUCUUCGAACCCGCCUGCCAACUUCACCCGCUGGAACCCAGAGAACAUCACCGUUUCUGCUGGGGAACAAUAUGGGCAUCCAAGGUGGGAAGUCAUGUUCUGCAUGAACGCAUGGUUCCAACUCCGGCGCUAUCAGCUGUUGGAUGCGGAUCUCCGGAAGCCUUUCUUCCCAUGUCAAUGGCCUGCAUAUCUUCGCCGGGACGCCGACUUGAAGUUUAUGCUUCAGACCUUCAGUAUUGAGGAGAUUUUGGAUCCCGGGAAGCCACUUGUUCUCUACCUCAAGCAGCAGUUUCAGGCAGUAAGCAACAUCCGCCUGCAGUAUGGUGUUCAAACCAUUCCCAACGACUCGCGCACUUUGUGGGUGAGCUGGGCAACUCUUUUCAAUAUUGCAUUUGGUAGGGAUCCCAACCAGGCAGAAACCCGCUGGUGGAUUUCUGAGCACGUUGGCGACAUCAUGGAACGCCUCUGUUCUAUGCCGUCAUCGGCCCCGUCGUGGAGUAGUGUCGUCUGGAUUCCCAACACGUUACAGCUUGAUCCCACUGCGCACGCGAACAAGAUAAUGGCCGACAUUUAUGGCAUCAAAUUCACGUCCGCUCCAUCAGCAUCAGGGGAGAAUGGCAGGGCGGAGGUUCUUGGUCAGAGUUCACUUGCCGAGUGGGUUCUCGACCCUUACAAUGUCAAAAUUACUCGCGAGACCGAAAUCCCAGUGCACUGCUCUCACGCCUAUGUCCUUGCCAACUUGAACGUUGCCGACCCGAAGGACCAGCUCAUUAUCGAUCAGUAUCCGUACUUGGGAGCCGACCGCCCUCAGGUAAUCGACAUUUCUCAACAGAACCCGAAAUGGCCGACUGAGCAAGAACUCGGACAUGUCCGAUCUGAUACGGAAGCCUGGGGCAGCAGCGCGAAUCGCCGUGACUCCUGGGUUGAUGUUGACUUUGACGAGUACAUUUCGUCGGAUGAGGACAAUGCCUCUCGACGCAAAGAUGAUCUUCACGAGGCAGUUGCACCUUCCUCAUCAGCAAUCUUGUAUCGCAGAGUUGCACAUACUGUUGCCCAAGCCGCAGUCUACAUUGCCUGCGAAGAGAAGAAAACAGGCCAAGCCCCCAGAUACUUUCCAGCUGACAGCCAAGUUUUCAUCCUCGACAAGGAAAGCUUCAUCUACGGCUUCACAGACACGCUACACUACCGCAAGUUCAGCUUGGCGGCGGUUCCAGAUGGCGUCAACCCCAUUGGCACUCCCCUGUUCGCAGACGAUGAGCUCUUCAAGUGGCUCGGUCAGUUUUGUGCAGAAGGAUCUACUAAAGAUCCAGACCCGGAAUUCGCCAUACAUCUUUGCAAGAUGCCCUGGCCAAUUGUGGACAAGAAGACUCGGUUCGACUUCAUGCUUACGAUGCCGUUUCCGGGCGGCUACAAGCUCAGGCUGAGCACCAGUGUUGGGGCGGAGCAAACUUUUGCCAAGUCAACAACCAACACCAGCGGCGACGACACUGCGGUCUCUUUCAAGGCGCUGACAAAUAUGCUCAUUAGUCGAAGGACGCUCGUCUUUGGGCUGGAGGGUAGCAAUGUCCCAUUGACGACGACAUUCGGGACAGCAGCAAAGUUCUUUGGUGUGGAUCUGGACAGAUAUCCCUUGUUCAAGAAGUUGACGGGCAAUUUCGGCCUUGUUCUUGACCCCAGCAAGGACUACCACAAUGCCAUCUGGUUUCGGCCAGGGUUGCAAUAUCAGACUCACCUUCGACUACAGUUCCACGUCGAUGACAGCUUCAAGUCUUCCUUCAAUAGCUGGCUGCAAAGGUUUUCCAAGGAUCUUUCAGUGGACUCGCUGCUUGUUGUCAUGCGUAAGAAGGCGAAGUGGAUAUGGAGUGUGCCAACCGAUCGUAUGGAGUUCCACGGGUCAGCGACGUUUCUGUGCACCUUCAUCUUGAGCGCGACUGUCCAGCUUCAGGGUGUUUUCGAGCUGAGCGAUACUCAGAUUCUCUUGAGCUUGACCCUGCAGCGGCCAAAAUCGAAGAGCCUCCUCAAGGCGAUGCAAGGAAGAGAUGGCGCCGUCGACACGGUCAUUCAAUGGAUUUCGAGCAAGUUCAAGAUCACCAACACGGAGUCGCUCAGCGACCUGCUCAACAAGGCCACGAAGGAAGGCUCGUCAACAAUCAGUAAUGAGAGCAUUUUGCCUCGGAGAGUAGAGCUUGUGCUCGACCUGAACCCUGAUGGCAGCAUCAAGGACAUCAGCAAGGGAUCGAUUGACAUCGAGGCUUGCAUAACAGUUGGCCGAUCCGCAGUGGCAGUAAUGGAGCAGGUUCCAGCACUGUUUCUGUUGUCUUUUGGUUGGUCCAAAGACAGUGGUUUCUACUUCAAGGGCAACCUAUGGCCAGUUGUUCCCGACAGUCCUUUCUCGGAAUACGGCCGCGCCCUGCCGGAGGCGGAGGAAUAUCAGUGCCUCACACCGGCCACUGUGGUAGACACGGAGAACCAACUACGCACGCUCGACCUUGCUACGCUUCUCUCGACAGAACCCGGGAAACAGGUGCUGAUCCCCGCAGGGCUUCCGAAUGAAAUUUAUGCUUGCGAAAUAGGCUUCUCACAGAAGGAAGUCUCAUUCCGGGGUGCGAUGCGCUGCAAGCCUUCGAGCUCGGGGGACUCCACAACACCGCCGAUAUUGUCUUUUGAGAACGUCGAGCUAGCUGCCUCAUAUGCAUGGGGCACAAAAGACCCGACCACGGAACAAUUCAAGCUCAAGCUCAUGAUUGCGAUCAAUUUGUAUUUGGGUGGCAAGCUCGAUCCGGCCAAGUCCCAAGAGGAACAGGACGCCCAAUCAGCCAAGCUUUCAGGCCAAUUGACAUACGAGCAGGGCACGUGGGCCAUAGAAGCCAGAGUCAUUGAUCUCUCCAUUUCGCAUCUACUUGACUUUUGGAGUGUUCAGGACCGAGGUAGUAUUCUUGAGUUCCUCGGGACAAUCAACAUCGACUUUGUAUCGAUCACUUACGAGUUCACAAAAGGCGCGCCCAACCCAAGCAAACUUAGUUUUAGGGGCGAAUUUGGGAUCGCCAACGUGGCGACAUUCUCCCUGGAUUAUGUCAACCAGGGGGGCAGCAAUUGGAGUGUCACUGCAGCGUUAGCCGCGAACAACAAGGCGGGCUCGACGGCCACCAUUGAGCAGCUACUGCUCGGCUUUCUCGACAAGGAAAUCAUAGAAGUUCUGCCAGAUGCGAUCAAAGACGCUAAGAUUGCGGGCGCAAAUGGGGAAGAGGCAUUGCGCCUUCUGUGCUGCCGGCAGGACGACGUCAGCGUCUUCGCGCUUCUCGUCCAGGUACAGGGGAUCCAGCUCUGGUUCAUACAGCUCAAGACCAAGGACGGCAAGACAAAGCGCCUUCUCAAGGCUGCUAUUAGCAAGAUCUCGGUCAACGUCUCGGCCAUCAAUAAGACCAUAAACAGCCCUUGGGAUAAGCUGUUCUUCAUGUGGGUCCAGGACACGACUAAUGCGAAGGGGCAACAGGGCGGGAAGAAGGCUAUGCAAGGUCUGACGCAGGCUGAGUACGAUGGCAUGAAAGCCUGCUUGCAGACCAAGUUCAAGAUUCCAGAUGAAGAUCUCAUGCUGUUCAAGAAACAAGAGGGCAAGUCAUCUAAUGGGAGCGACAUGGAUCUUUACCAUGAUGACAAGAAGGACGACGAUAAAGCAAAGGACAUUGUCAUCAAUGCCGGCAUGCAUCUGAUUGUGGUGGCGAAGACAACAGAAGGCAAACUCGACAUCGUUCUCGACUACUUAUUCGGAGCCAAAUCAGCGGCCUCCAAGCCCUCCUCGGGUGCUCUAAUUCCCUACGAUAAGAAUGGAAAGCAGCCGCCGGAUGCAGCAGGUUCACAGAAGGGCACCAAAGCACCUUUCAAGGUCAAAAUGGGACCUCUCAGCGUGUCCAACAUUGGCUUGUGGUACAAGAAUGGACAGAUCGGUAUUACGCUGGACGCAUCACUGCUCUUGGGACCGGUCGGUCUAGCGUUACUGGGUUUCACCAUUGGCGUGCCGUUGAGCGGCGCUCUCAGCAAACCCCCUCCCUUGGAGGACGUGACAUGGGCUUUGCAGGGACUUAUCGUCUCCCUGGACAAGCCACCGCUCACAGUGGCUGGUGGCUUCAUGAGGGACACCUCAAAUCCUGACAUCGAAGUAAUGUAUUCUGGCGGACUCAUCGUGGGGUUCAAGCCGUGGAUGUUUGAAGCCAUGGGAGCUUAUGCGAACGUCAAGAAAAGCCUGAAGUUCAACACCACCACAAUUGACAAUGAUCCCAUGUCGAUUAUCCACGCAUCGCCUGCAGCAGAAGAGGCCCUAAUCGAAGCAAACGACACAUUCACAUUUGCGUUCAUAUACGUCCGGCUCAACGGACCCCUCUUCUCCGUCGGCUUUGCUGACUUCGCAGGCCUCGUUGGUGGCUUCGGCAUCAACUCCGACAUCGUCCUGCCGACGGUUGAACAAGUAUUCGAGUUUCCAUUUAUAAAAGAGCGAGAUGAGGAGGAAAGCUCGUUGGGUCCUAUCGAGAGGAUGCAGAACCUCGUACAAGGCCCCUGGUUUCGUCCAGCCGAGGGAAUCUACUGGGGCGCCGCGGGAGUUCGCGUCACUGCGUUUCAGAUGCUCGCGGCCAAUAUCGUGCUCGUCCUCCAGUUCGGCAAUGGCAACGUGGUCAUCGGUCUCUUCGGCGUCGCGACCUGCGAUGUUCCUGCCAUGGAGUCUCCGGUCAAGUUCGCACACGCAGAGCUAGGCAUCAUCUGCACUUACGACGUCAACAGCGGCAGCUUCAAGCUCGAGGCCCAGCUGUCUCCGCGGUCAUUUAUCCUCGCUCCACAGUGUCAUCUGACCGGAGGACUAGCGCUCUACGCCUGGUUCAGAUCUGAUCUCGCGGUCAAUGUCAAUGCUGGUGACUGGGUGCUUACCAUCGGGGGCUACCAUAAGGCCUUCCAUCCUCCUCGCCAGUAUCCCGUGCCGCCUCGACUGGGAAUCAACUGGUCCCUUGACACAAACCUGAGCGUCGUGGGUGAGGCAUACUUUGCCAUCACACCGAAGCUCUGCAUGGGCGGAGGCCGAUUGCAUGCUGCCUUGAGUCUGGGCGCCUUGUAUGCCUGGUUCGACGCCCAGGUGGACUUCCUCAUGAACUUUGACCCGUUUUUCUUCCAGCUCGAAGCGAGGCUUGCUGUCGGCGUUCGUUUCACCCUCGAUCUGUGGUUGGUGACCAUUCGCAUCAACGCUGAAGUAGGCGCCUCCCUAGAUCUCCAAGGACCUCCAUUCGGUGGCGUGGUUCAUGUCUAUUUCUGGGUCUUUGGCUUCGACGUCAAAUUCGGUUCUCCUCCCCCGCCACCUCCGCCUGUGUCCUUGGAUCGUUUCUGGAAGGUCGUGUGCAAGUUGCAUGGGGCUUCUUCGUCAGCCACACCACAACUACUAGAGGGCCCGAAGCAGGACGCAGACAAUGCUGCAAUCAUAAUUACCUGCGAAAACGGGCUGCUGCCUCCGAUCAGGAAGCCGGGCCAGGAACAAAAGAAAAACGAGGCAUGGUUUGUCAAGAGCGGCAAGUUCAAUCUGAUGGUGACGUUCCAAUUUGCAGUCACCCAGGCGGAUCUCACAGAGAGGAGAAAGAUCCUCCAUCCGGACAUUGCUGGUCGCCUAACUAUCGAAUCGGAAGAGGAAGAAACGCGAUCUGCACACGCUCAAAUCGAGGAGGUCCAAAAGCAGGUGUUCGCCAAGCCCAUGCAGCUGGUGCAGCCGCUCAAUUCUGUCGUCACGAUAGAAGUCGUGGCGCCCAGCCCCAAAAUGGCCAGCCAGCAAUUCUUUCAUGUUCUCGAAACUUGGAAAGACCAGAAGUGGAAGCUUUUGCCGAUUAUCAAGCCUGCUCAGACCUCACUAUGGGGUAAAUACUCACGUAAUCUUGAUCCGGGCUUGUCGAAGUCGCCAACGGACGAGCUUUUAGAUGGCAAGGAUGCUACCAUGCCACUCGUAAUGGGUCUCACCCUGCAACCACCCGAGCCAGCUGUGGCUAGCGACAUGAUCAACAAGUUCAACAUCACCAGCGACCACAUGGAGUCCGUAUAUUUGCCACAAGACAGAGAUCGUUGGCCCCUGUUCAUUGAUGUGCAGAAGGGCCAAGACCCGGCUUGGCAGCCACAAGGCUCCAGUAAUGAGAUGCCUUGGAGGGAUUUUAGGGACAAGUGGAGGAAUAUUGGCAACGAGAAGCCAAAUACCGCUGUGAAAAUUUGGGCUCAAAGGCUGCGAUUCGACAAAAAGAGCUUUGAAGAGGAUCACAAGGGUGAAGAUGAGAUGCCGAAGUUCAACCCGCUCAGGGGACAGUUGCCGAAGGCGUUGUUAGACAGAUACGAAACGAUGAUUCCGGCUUUGCCUUUGGUUGCGGCUUUCGUUCUCUUCGGGUAUGACCAAGGAGUAUUCAGCGGUAUCGUGGGCAAUGAAGACUUUCUCAAUACAUUCGGGCAUCCAAAUCCCAGCCUUGAGGGCAUCAUCGUCAGCAUAUACAAUCUAGGUUGCUUCUCGGGCUGUAUACUAUCAUUUAUCUUCUGUGAAAAGACGGGUCGGAGGCUGGCUAUGUGGAUUGCCAUGGUCUUUAUCAUCGUCGGAGCGGCAUUACAAACGAGCGCAUUUACGGUACCCCAUAUCAUGAUCGCACGAUUCAUCACCGGCAUAGGCACAGGCAUCGAGACAAGCACAGUACCGAUGUACCAAUCCGAGCUCUGCGAAGCCUCCAAGCGCGGGCGAUUGGUCUCAUCGGAGCCAUUGUUUGUAGGCGUUGGGAUCGAGAUCGCGUACUGGUUCGACUAUGGAAUGAGCUUCGUCCCCGGAUCCAUCGCGUGGCGACUGCCAAUAGCAUGCCAGAUGUUAUUCGCCUUUGUCGUCAUCGCGUUGGUAUUUGGCCUUCCCGAAUCUCCUCGAUACCUGUAUGCACACGGCAAGGAGGAGGAAGCCCUUGCGGUCUUGUGCAAGGUCUAUGACAGGCCUGCCGACGACCCGAAGAUCGCAAAGGAGCAGGGUGAGAUUCUCGAAGCCCUAAAGAUCGAACGGGAGCAUGGCGAAUACAAAUGGUCCAACCUUUUAAAGCGCGAUGAAGUCCAGACUGGAAGAAGGGUCCUGCUCGCGUACGGCAUGCAGUUUAUGAACCAAAUGGGUGGCAUAAACUUGGUCGUCUACUACAUCACUUCGGUCUUGCAACUCAACGUCGGGCUCUCUAGGCAAUUGUCCCUACUCCUUGGUGGAGUGAUCAACGCCAUGUUCUUCUUUGGCUCCCUUUUCCCAACAUUCUUCUUGGACAAGUACGGCCGUCGUAAGCCGAUGAUGUGGGGAUCACUCGGGCUCGGUGUCUCCAUGAUGUUGAUCUCCAUCCUGCUCAGCUUCCAGGACAGGGGCGGUCAGCUGGCAAAGUCGACAUCCGCUGCCAGCGUGACCUUCUUUUUCACAUACAUGCUUAUAUUUGGUGCUACCGCCAAUUGUAUCCCGUGGGUAUAUGUACCCGAGAUCCUUCCCCUGCACGUCAGGGCGAAAGGAACAGCGGUUGGUAUCUCCUCGAACUGGCUGUGGAACUUCUUCGUCGUCAUGGUCACUCCGACGCUUCUGAACAACUUGGCGUGGAAGGGGUACCUCAUAUUCAUGGCCCUCAACUUUUCAUUCAUCCCACUCGUAUACUUCUGCUAUCCUGAGACGAGCAAUCUCACUCUGGAAGAGAUCGACUGGUUGUUUCUGGAAAAGAGUGCGGUCAAAACAAGCAAGACGGUUCAGAAGCACGGCUGGGGAAAUGAAACUCCGUGGCAGAGAAGAGAGAGCCGGAUGGAAUUCCAGGAGAAGAGCGCAGGAACUGGGACUGGGGAUGUUGAGCACUCGCCAUAA